AUGUCCACAGAGAGCAAGAGAGGUGAAAAGGUAGAACCUCAAGCAAACCACCAUCACCUUGAAUUCGUCCCCAGGGAUGAGGAAGAAGGUGCUUUCGAUGAGGCAGCUACUGAGAACGUUGAAAACUUCCCGGAUGGUGGUAUCCAAGCCUGGCGCACUGUCCUAGGAGGAUUCUUGUCUUUCAUUGCUAGUAUCGGCUUUCUGAGUGGAGCCUCUGUUUUCCAGAGCUACUUCAAGACUACUGUCUUGCCUAAUUCUAGCUCAUCUGAUAUUGCCUGGAUCGGCAGCGUCCAGAUCUGGGGCUGUUUCUUCUUCGGAAUGUGGUCUGGGAGGCUGUCUGAUAGAUAUGGACCCGCUCUGCCUCUCGCAGGAGGAACAUUCUUCUUGGUUUUCGGCAAUAUCAUGUCCUCUAUCUCAACCAAGUACUAUCAAUUCUUACUCUCCCAGGGAUUUUGCGUCUCGCUUGGGAUGGGUCUUAUAUUUACUCCAGCAUUGGCUGCUCAGUCCCAAUGGUUCUUAAAACGCCGUGGGUUUGUCGUUGGCCUCGUUAUGUCUGGCCAGAUGGUUGGAGGUAUAAUUUGGCCGGUUCUAGCGAACAGACUUCUUAAUUUUGAGGGCGUGUCAUUCGGCUGGACUCUGCGCAUUAUCGGCUUCAUGCAGUUAGCUAUAAUGGGUGCUGCUACAGUACUUGUUCAGCAUCGAUUCACUCACCACACACAGGAACAUGAAACCCUACCUAUACGACGAUACUUUACUGAUCGUCGAACGAUACUGCUCACCAUUGCAAUUUUCGUUAUGGAUUUAGGUCUUUACGUCCCAUGGUUUUACAUUAGUCCAUAUGCUAUCCAGCUGGAAGCAUCGCCAAGCCUAGGAUUUUAUGACGCAGCGAUCUUGAAUGGUGGCGGCUUUUUAGGCUGCUACGCCUUAGGCAUAAUUGCCGACUCUGGUCUAGGCUUUUUAAAUUCCCUUGUAGUGGCCACUCUUGCCUGUGCCACUGUUGCCUUUGCGUGGAUUGGUUGCCAAAGUAGUGCAGGUGUGAUAGUAUGGGCAAUAGUGUAUGGAAUUGCCUCUGGUGCGCUUCAAGCAAUCUUUUCGCCCUGUAUCUCCGCGUUGGCGCCGACACCAGAAGCCAUUGGCUCUUGGAACGGAAUUUGCAUCACCAUUGCCUCGUUCGCAGUCCUAGCAACAGGCCCAAUUGCGGGAAAACUGCUUGAAAAUACUGGAGGGGCUGAUUACUUGACGAUGCAAUUGUUCACAGGUAUCUCCUUGGCCCUCUCAGGUGUGUUGUUUAUGGCCACUCGACUGUGGCUUUCCGGGAGUGUGCGUAUUUGA